UCUUCUAUGGAAACUGGAAAGUUUAUUAGAGUAACCGUAACUUGGCGGUUGAUUAGGUUUGUCUGCGUUUCCGUGUUCCUCACUCACUCUUUAACGUUAAUUUAAAAUAGUAAAGAUGUUCCAUCGAAGAAAAAAAGAACCUAGUACCUUGCCUGUCUCAAACACAGACACAACAAUGCCUACUUCUAGUUCUAGUUCCAGCUUCCUUAGAACACCAACAACAUCAUCGUUCUCAUUCUCAUUCUCUGUCUCCUUCAAAUCAUUCCUCUUCUUCCUCUCUUUACUCCUCAACCUCUAUCUCCUUUUCAUCCUGUGGGCCCCAUCCUCUGCCACGUUUCACCCCACCAAUCUCACAAUCGCCUCACGCGUCUCCCCCACCACGCGCCGCCACAUUCUCUUCGCCAUCGCUUCCUCCUCCGUGUCCUGGCCACGCCGCCAACCCUACCUCCGACUCUGGUAUUCCCCUAACUCAACGCGCGCAUUCGCCUUCCUCGACUCCCCCUCUUUCAACUCCUCUUCUUCUUCUUCGUUGCCGCCGGUGGUGAUCUCCGGCGAUACCUCCGGCUUCCCCUACACCUUCCGGGGAGGGCUCCGGUCGGCAAUCCGCGUCGCCCGGGUUGUGAAGGAGGUGGUUGAUCGGAACGAGACGGAUGUCCGGUGGUUCGUAUUCGGCGACGACGACACCGUUUUCUUGGUGGAGAAUGUGGUGAGGACUCUGUCGAAGUACGAUCACGAUCGGUGGUUUUACAUUGGUGGCAAUUCGGAGAGUUACGAUCAGAAUGUUAAGUAUUCGUUUGAGAUGGCGUUUGGGGGUGGUGGUUUCGCGAUCAGCCACUCGCUUGGUAGGGUUUUAGCUAGGGUUUUGGAUUCGUGUUUGAGGAGGUACGGUCAUUUGUAUGGCAGUGAUUCCAGGAUUUAUUCUUGUCUCGCUGAGCUUGGUGUAGGUUUAACCCAUGAACCUGGGUUUCAUCAGUUAGAUAUGCGGGGGAAUUUGUUUGGGAUGCUGGCUGCACAUCCAUUAUCUCCUUUGUUGUCCCUUCAUCACUUGGAGGCGUUGGAGCCUCUCUUUCCUAACAUGAACAGAACACAAGCUUUGGAACAUCUUAUUGUGGCUGCAAACAUUGAUCCUGCCAGGAUCCUGCAGCAAACUGUCUGCUAUGAUCGAUCAAAUUCUUUGACUUUCUCGGUUUCUUGGGGUUUUGGUAUCCAGGUUUUUCAGGGAAAUGAGCUUCUACCUGAUCUCCUUUCACUGCAAAGAACUUUCAUGCCAUGGAAGAGGGGUAGUAAAGUUGAUGCCAAAUUUAUGUUUAACACCAGAGACUAUCCAAAAGAUCCUUGUGAAAGGCCUUCUGUAUUUUUCUUGAAAAGUGUUACAUCUGAUGAAAGGGGCAUUUGGAGCUAUUACUCUAGGCAUGUUGUAGGGAACUGUUAUGAAUUAAAUGCUACACAGUUGAUGGAGAUCAUAGUUUUUUCAAGGAAGCUGGAGCUUGAUAUGGAACAGAUGAAAGCCCCCCGUCGUCAGUGCUGCAACGUCUUGCCAUCUUCUAAUGAAUCAAUCAGUAUUCAUAUUAGACCAUGUGAAAUCAAUGAACUGAUCUCCAUGCAAUCAUAGCAUUAUUUCAGGGAGUUGCUUCCCUUGAAAGUUUUGAAAUUUUCACGAGGACGAAUCUUUGGAGGAGUUUGAUCCCAUGUUGAAGGUGAUAUGAGUAGAGAGAUCCUUGUCCUCUUUGUAGAAGAAAAAUAUGCACGUGAAGAUAACUAAAAGAUCUUGUUGGUGAUCUACCUCUCACAGGCUGGUUUUACUUUGACUGACAAUUGAUCAACCUCUAACUUGCUUCUGUUGCACGGCUUUUUUUUUUUUUUUUGCUGAGUAGCUGUGCCUUUCAAAUGGCUUAUAUCCCUGCAGUUGUACAUGUUAUUACAUGCAUUCCUAUGCAUUUCUGGUGCUAAAAUUUUCAGGGAAGCUCCAUGUUUGGAGUGAUGUAAGAGACCAAUUUUAAUCUGGGGAGUGUGAUCCUAAUGAGCACCAUGUCUUAAUGCACUCUAUAUGAUAACUAGUGAUUUGUCUGAAAAUUAUGUAAAUAUUUGCUGGCUGCAUAGUUGUAGUGCUUCUAUAAGCAUUAACCAGACUGUUAGAAAUACUUUCACCGCUAAUGAUGAAUUUAUUUUGAUGCAUUUGAGAUAUGAAACCGAUUUACAUUUGCGUGUGA